UCUCUUUUAGAAACCUACAAAUAAUACUAAUAAUAAAUAAGUGAUGGGGUUUCCGGCUAAUGGCUCUUCGGAGAAACCAUCGAAGUGUCUGAUCUACGGUCGUACCGGUUGGAUCGGCGGCUUAUUAGGUAAACUCUGCGAAUCCAAGGGAAUCGACUACGUGUACGGCUUAGGCCGAUUGGAGAACCGGAUUUCUCUUGAGUCGGACAUAGCCUCCGUGGAUCCAACCCAUGUUUUCAAUGCCGCCGGUGUCACCGGCCGUCCGAACGUCGAUUGGUGCGAAUCCCAUAAGGCCGAGACCAUCAGAACCAAUGUGGUCGGAACUCUUACUCUUGCCGACGUUUGCAGAGAAAAAGGCCUCAUCUUGAUUAACUAUGCUACGGGCUGCAUCUUUGAGUACGAUGAGGCUCAUCCGAUCGGAUCGGGUAUCGGGUUUAAGGAAGAGGAUGCUCCAAAUUUCACCGGUUCCUUUUAUUCCAAGACCAAAGCCAUGGUGGAGGAAUUGCUCAAGAAUUAUGAUAAUGUGUGUACAUUGCGAGUUAGGAUGCCUAUUUCAUCGGAUCUAACCAAUCCCCGAAACUUCAUCACGAAAAUCGCCCGAUACGAUAAGGUGGUUAACAUCCCUAACUCGAUGACUAUCCUCGACGAACUUCUUCCCAUUUCCAUCGAAAUGGGCAAGAGGAACCUGACUGGAAUUUGGAACUUCACAAACCCUGGAGUGGUGAGUCACAAUGAGAUUUUAGAGAUGUACAGGGACUACAUUGACCCCAGUUUCACCUGGAAGAACUUCAAUCUUGAGGAGCAGUCUAAGGUUAUCAUCGCCCCAAGGAGCAACAACGAGCUCGAUGCCAACAAGUUGAAGACGGAAUUCCCCGAGCUCCUUUCGAUUAAGGAGUCUCUUAUCAAGUAUGUAUUCGAGCCAAAUAAGAAGAUUGCCGGAGCUUGAAAGGUGAACCGAGAGACUAUUGGAGCUUGAAGUUUUAGGUUAUGAAUUCAUCGAUUUUCCUUUUCUUUUUUUUUUAUCUAUUUAUUAAUUUGGUUCAUGUGGGUCGAUGUAGAUGGUAAUAAUCUCUGUGCACACACCUCGUUCCGGAUGACACGAAGGAUUGUUGGCAUUUUGAAUUUGAAUGUUGUAUUCUUAUGAACGUUUGAAUAAUACGAGUUGAAUAUGGUUUUAUCUAAUUAU